AUGAAAGACACGUGGGGUCACAAUGAAAAGUCAAUAGCGCGUAUGACCAUCAUCUACAGUAACACAAGCCAUGCUACGUCUUCUCAUCGACCCGGAUAUAUCGCAAUUUCCGGUACUGAUUUCAUCGUGUCAUUUCCUAACUACGUGAUGAAGGAGUCACCAACAAAUAAAAUUAGUUUAUACCUGUCGACUCCAGUGAAUCGUAACGUAAACGUUACCAUAACAGCACCAGAAUACACAGGAUCCUAUAAAAUUAACUUCAGUUUAGUGUUGACGCCUGGUUCUUCAAAGGAAUUCACAAUAAAGAGGGUAUUUCGCAUGCCCCCUGGAACUAGCAUUUCGACAAGGACACUAGUGAUCACAGCCUCUGAUCUAAUAGACGUUGUGGGCAGCAACAGAGAUGGCCUACAUGGAGAUUCAUUCAAUGCGAUACCAGACAACCUGUUAGGAAAGGAGUAUAUGGCUGUUUUAGUUAUGCAUCAUAAGGCUCCGAAAGACAUUGCCGCGUUCUUGACUGUCAGUGCUGGAAUCAGAGCUACGUCAACUCGGCUUACGAUCACAUUUCCACCAUGGGUAAAUGACGAACGUGUGUUUCUGAACGGCAGUUGGUAUGGUGCAGAAGAGUGCGCCGAGGUGUGGCUCAAGUCUCUGGAAACACUUCAGAUACAAACUGAGCACGAUUUGACGGGUACUUUCGUAAGAGCCAGCCAACCCGUGGCGGUGUACAGCGGAGUUAACCAAACAUUCAUCUUCCAAAAGCGCCCAAAAUGUAUUUGGUCACACUUGCUGGAUCAGAUGCCACCACUUGAUCGGGCAGGGUUGGAGUACGUCGCAUUCGAUUAUCCUAAAAGACCUUUUUUCCGUGGCUCUAACUGUAAAAUAGUCACCACACAGUCCAACACUACAUUGAUUAUAUCCGGGAUAUCUAAACAAGUGACAAAGAAGGGACAAUAUGUUAAGUUUACCUUAGAUCGCAGUAGUAAGUUUUAUUUUAUUACAGCAUCAAAACCAGUAAUAGUUUCUCUCGUCAGCCUAUCAUCAAGCAAAGCGGAUAGUAAAUUCGGUAACCCGAGUUUAAGCAUACUUACCCCAACAGACGGUGCGUAUCAGAACACUUCGUUCUCCUACAAGAUGCUGUCAACAUCGUACGUCACGAUUAUAGCUAGAAGCAAUAUCACAGAUGGUAUCAGAUUUGAUCAUAAAGCAAUCUCGGCGAAAUGGAAGCCGGUAGAGACCACCAAAUUCUAUAAGGCGGUGCAGGUCAAGGUCGAUAUAGCGUUCACUCCUCACACCAUCUACCACAUCGACGGGGACAAAUUCGUGGCGUACCUUCACACCGGAACGACGUGUGCAGCUCAUGCUAUAUCUCUAGGUAUCUCCGUGGAUGUCAUCAACCCGUCGAAAAAUGCCAAUCCACAGUGUCCUCAACCAACAACAUCCACAGCGAUGACGACAACACAGACAUCGACCUUACCAAUAUCUACCACCGAGCCACAGACAACCACCGUAACAUUAACAUCAACAACCACUUCACCUACAUCUAGCACUACACAAACAACCACCUUGCCAACAUCUACCACUACACAUACAACCACCCCGCCUACAUUUACCGCUAAACAGACGACCACCUCGCCUACAUCUACCACUACACAGACAACCACUUUGCCUACAUUGACCACUACACAGACAACCACAUCGCCUACAUCUACCACUACACAGACAACCAACUCGCCUACAUCUACCGCUAAACAGACAACCACCUCGCCUACAUCUACCAUUACACAGACAACCACCUCGCCUACAUCUACCACUAAACAGACAACUACCUCGCCUACAUCUACCACUAAACAGACAACCACCUCACCUACAUAUACCACUAAACAGACAACUACCUCGCCUACAUCAACCACUAAACAGACAACUACCUCGCCUACAUCUACCACUAAACAGACAACCACCUCACCUACAUAUACCACUAAACAGACAACUACCUCGCCUACAUCUACCACUAAACAGACAACCACCUCACCUACAUAUACCACUACACAGACAACCACAUCGCUUACAUCUACCACUACACAGACAACCACCUCGCCUACAUCUAUCACUACACAGACAACCAUCUCGCCUACAUCUACCGCUAAACAGACAACCACCUCGCCUACAUCUACCACUACACAGACAACCACAUCGCCUACAUCUAUCACUACACAGACAACCAUCUCGCCUACAUCUACCGCUAAACAGACAACCACCUCGCCUACAUCUACCAUUAGACAGACAACCACCGUACCUACAUCUACCACUAAACAGACAACUACCUCGCCUACAUCUACCACUAAACAGACAACCACCUCACCUACAUAUACCACUACACAGACAACCACCUCGCCUACAUCUACUAUUAAACAGACAACCACCUCGCCUACAUAUACCACUAAACAGACAACCACCUCGCCUACAUCUACAGCUAAACAGACAACCACCUCGCCUACAUCUACCGCUAAACAGACAACCACCUCGCCUACACCUACCAUUACACAGACUACAGCCUUGUCGACCUACACAACCAUCACCAUGGACUCCUCCAACACUAAGCCGACAACUGCCUUGUCAACAUACAGCACCACCAAUAUACAGACAUCCACCCCGCCGACAUCCACCCCGCGGACAGACACAACCACCACUACGCUGACAACAGCCUUCUCAACAGACACCACAGUCACUAGAGCGACAUCAGCGUUGGAGUCGUCAACAACGACCACGUCGCAUACAUCCAGUUUAUCCUCCGACACCACCACAACACAGACAACUACGUCACAUGUUGGAACAACCGAGUCGUGCCAGGUUUCUACCAGUGUACCGGGUGACGGGGUCGAUAAUGAUUGCGAUGGACGGACGGACGAAGAGACAUGCUGCCGCAACAGAGAACCCGCUGUGGGACCGUUCACUUGUUUGUGUCCACGAGCUCGAAUGCUGGGGAAUAAACCUCCACUCCACGUAGUCAGGUGCCGGAAGUGA